AUGGACAACCUGCUCUUCACCAGCCUGCAGGCCAGGCUCAAGGUCUACAAGAAGAUCGUUGACGGAGUUGACUUGUUCUGCGACAACUGCAAGAAACCCAGUGAGUUCUGGUGCUCCGAAUGCGAGGAGUUCCUCUGCAUGAAGUGCUUCGAGGCCCACCAGCGCUACCUGAAGAGGGAGAGCCACGAAGCCAAGAGGGUGAUGGACAUCAGGGCAGGGUCUGCUAAGGACUUCCUCAAGGGCACCAGGAGGACCGGUAACUUGUCCUGCCCCAACCCAACCCACAAGAGCCAGAUUAUAAG